AUGGAUGGUUUAGUCGAUUCGGAUGGCCCGUCCGACGGCGAAUUGCACAUCUCGUCGUCCUGCAGCGACCGUUCCAGCGACGCCGGCUCCGAUCUGCCCCGCGAGGCCACCCUGCACAAUGACUGUGCCGUCGGCCACCGCGUCCAGGCCAGUCGCUCCGUCCUGGCGCUGGCUCUGGACGAGGAGUGCGUCUUUGCUGGUUUGCAGGGCGGCGACAUAGUGGCUUGGUCAUUAGAGACGUAUGAACUCGUGCUCUCCGUCCGGGCGCACGAGGAGAGCGUCCUGGGUCUGUAUCUCUCCGAUGAUGGGAGCUUGCUGUUCUCCAGCGGCGGGGAUUCCGUCGUAAAUGUGUGGUCGACGGCCACCUUUGAACGGCUGUACUCCAUCUAUUCCCACCACGACGUGGGCGACAUCUUCGCCGUCGUCUACUCGUCCGAUCUGAAGACGGUGUACUGCGGUGGCCAGAACACGAGCCUCCAGUGGUGCGACUUGUCGACCAGCGAGGCUGCGUCCCUUGCGAACCAUGUGCAUCCGUCAAAGCGCACCCACCGGUUCUUUGACUCCCGUGGUCCCGGCGGCAGUGUCAAUCCCCGUCCAGAGGACUCGAACUCUGCGGGCCACCAUCCGCUCAGUCACGGCGGCAAGGUCCUGACUUUCAAGCGGGACCAUCAUCGCCUGUUCGCCCACCAUGGCUAUGUAUACUCCAUGAUCCUCGUCCGCGGCCUGGUCGAGUCCUCCCCAUCCGAGGAGGUCUUGGUGACCGGUUCCGGUGACGGCUCCGUCAAGCUCUGGCGCCUGGGCAUGGGCAUGAACGGCGCCCCCGUCCAGUGGGCCAAACUGGAUAAUGGCAGCGAUGCCGUGCUGUCUCUCGCCGUGGAGGGUCCUCUGCUCUACUGCGGUCUCGAGGGCGGAGCGUUAAAUAUCUGGAACCUGGAAACGCAUCAACUGGUCAAGCAGAUCACGGAGCACAAGGGAGACCUAUGGGCGAUUGACAUCGUCAAGGGGAUCGCCAUUAGCGGCGACUCGCAUGGAGUGGUCAAGAAAUUCAACUCCAAGUUUGAAGAGAUCGGAUCCUGGACCGCUCAUGAAGGCACCAUGCUGGCAUCAGCUGCGGGCGUGUUUCAAGACCGGCGUAUCUACGCCACCGGAGGCAAUGACAACAGUGUUGCUAUCUGGGACCUGACGGAACAUCCGGCGCAAUUAGAAAUCCAACCGAUCGGGAAUGACGAGAUGGUCAACAGCUUGGCCAAGUUCGUCGCGUUCAAGACGAUUUCAUCGAGCCCCAAGUUCGCCGGCGAAUGCAACCAGGGCGCUGCAUUCCUUCGUCGCCAUUGCAAUUACUUGGGUGCUAAGACGAAGCUCCUACCAACGGGCCCGGAUACCAACCCCGUCGUUUACGCACGAUUUUCGGCUUCUGCGCCGCAAUCGACGCCUAAAACGCUGCUGUUCUACGGCCACUACGACGUGGUGGGAGCGGACACGAAUCGGCCGAAAUGGCGAACGGACCCAUGGCAUCUCACCUCAAUCAACGGGUUCCUGUAUGGCCGGGGUGUCUCUGACAACAAGGGUCCCAUUCUGGCGGCCCUGUACGCAGCCGCUGACCUGGCCCGGAAGAAGACACUGCCUUGUGACGUGGUCUUCUUGAUCGAGGGCGAGGAAGAGUCUGGAUCGCAAGGGUUCCAAGAAACCGUGCGGGAGAACAAAGAUCUGAUUGGAAACGUCGACUGGGUGUUGUUGGCCAACAGCUACUGGCUGGAUGACCACAUCCCGUGCCUGACGUAUGGACUUCGAGGUGUGGUUCAUGCAAAUCUGAUCGUCACGAGCGACCAUCCGGACCUGCACAGCGGCAUCGAUGGCAGCGCCCUGCUGGAUGAGCCGCUGAAGGAUCUCUCCAUGCUCCUGGCCACUUUCGUGGGACGCAAAGGCCAGAUCAAGUUCCCUGGCUUUCACGACCGCGUGCUGGGGUUGACCAAGGCGGAGGAGCAACGGUACGACGCGAUCGCGGAAUCCCUUCUCCCGCAUCACCCGGAGAUACCAGACCGGGAGGCGUUUACCAAGUCUCUCAUGUAUCGCUGGCGGGAGCCAUCUCUGACCAUUCAUUCGGUCGAAGUCCCCAGCAACAAGAACUCCGGGACGACCAUCUCUCGCCGGGCGAAAGCGAGUCUUUCGGUGCGGAUCGUUCCCAAUCAGGAUGCGGACGAAGUGGCGACCGCCUUGACGGCGUACGCGCAGGAGCAGUUCGACCUGCUGGACUCGCAGAACGAGUUGACCGUGGAGAUCACGGGCAAGUCGGACCCGUGGCUGGGAGAUCCCGAGAACGAGAUCUUCGAGACGCUAGCGGAAGCGAUUACGGCGGCAUGGACGCCUGACAACGAUGGCAAACGACACAACUACCCGCUGCCGCAGGAGCGGAUUCCAGGGACCGGGCGAGCAGGAGGGCCGGAGUUGCUGCGCACCGACUCGUCGGACAGCAUCGCGUCGCACAUUGACCGGAUCAUCUCGUCGACGUCGUCGAAGAAGGCGCUGAGGAAGAAGUCGGCGAGUGGCGGGACGACCGUGCCGACGUCUUCGACUCUGACCAGCAACGCGAGCAAGGGAAACACAGUCGCAUCUGAUCAGACGUCACCUCUACCAUCCACGGCAGCUCGCACUCCCGCAGCAAACGGCUCACAGCGAAACUCGCCCCCAUCGUCAUCCUCACCCUCCCCAGCGCCUGCGCCAGCCGCACCGCGCACACCCGUCAAACCGAUCUACAUCCGCGAAGGCGGCUCCAUCCCAACAAUCCGGUUCCUGGAGAAGGAAUUCUCUGCGCCGGCAGCGAACCUGCCGUGCGGGCAAGCGAGCGACAAUGCGCAUCUGGCGAAUGAGCGGCUGCGGGUGGCGAACCUGUACAAGAGCCGGGAGAUUUUCCGGUGGGUGUUUGAGAAGUUGCCUCUGAAAGGCAGCAGCGGUAGCAGUAGUAGUAGUAGUAGAUGGAAAUCUGAGUGA